AUGGAAGACUUUUUCGACGAAGCGGACACGACACCCGUUUUUGCCCCUAUUUCAGCCGCAAUUCGUGCGCUUGCUCACCGCCUAGAAGCUACUCAGGACAAUAUUCUCCGUCAGUUGGAUGCCAUCGAAUCUGCCUGCUUAGAACUUCUUAAGCGUUCGGAGCCACGAUCUCCAUGUGCCUUUUGCACACUGGAACAAAACCGCGACAUGCAACACAGUGCUGGAUGGAGCAGAUUUCCGGACGCUGUCGAUACUUUCCGUCCUUUUGGAAGCCCACUCCGACCUCCCUCCUCUGAUCAGCCGCUAAUUCCAACAAUAGUCGGAGUCUUCAAGCAACUUCCUCGUGAAUAUCCUAAUGAUAGCAGCUUUGACGAAAAAUAUGGUUACACCGAUUUUAAGCGAGCUCUUGCUGGACUGCUCCCCGAUACUCAAUACAGAAACGCACCCUUGCUGCGUAGAUUAGUCCUUCAUCACUAUGUGUACACACAAGGAGACAAGAAGAACACCUAUUUCUUGUUCGAACAGAUGAGGAAAGCACUGCUUGAUCGUGAUUUCAUUGCACCAACUCAGAAACUCGUUGACGAAUUAAGGAAGAAUAAGAACCCCGUUUAUCUCUUCGAAUAUGGCAUCGACAAUCCACCUAAAUCCUGCCUGCAAGACGGAGGAUGGGACGAUAUUGAACCAUUCUGCAAUAAAAUGUUCCAAUACUUCACACGCUUUGCUACGAAAGGACAACCAACGAAGAACAGCUGCGAACCAACGAAUCCGACAUGGCCGGCUCUUGGAACUUCAAAACGUGACUACCACGUGAUCCUGAAGGCGGAUGGGACGAUUGAGUGGGAAUCAAAUUUCCAUCUAGCAAGUACUCAGUUGUGGAACAAUUUGCUACCGGCUUUAGAUCAGCUAGAACUGAAAGGUAGAAGAGACGCCAUUUUUGAAGAUGAAGAACUACUGCACCCAAUUGAACUGGAGGAUGAUCAACAGCAGUGGCACCGAAGAGCAGCCGAGAUAGAUGCAUAUAUUCGGCCUUUUUCGGUGGUUGGAACAUCCUUCAUGGAAAUCCACUUUGUAAAAAUAAAGUCUUUGUACAUGACACGAGAAAAUGUUUGCUUCAUCGGAUUCAAUUCAAUGUUCGGGCGUCAAACUGCACGAAGGAAAUUGCAGCUAAUUCAGCGUUCCUGUGUUAAGGCCCUUCAGCAGAACAGUUUAUCCAGGAUAAUGCAGGCGGCCGAAAACAAAGAAUUUGUUGCUGCCGUAGAAAAAUUCAAAAAACUACGAGCCCGGUUCGAUCAAAGACAGGUAUUGAAACAUGAAUUUGAGCUUCUCGUCCGCUUCGAGGAAGAAACGUAUGAUCUUUGGGGUCUGUACCAACAAGCCGUGGUUGGUAAUGUGAAUGUACCAAAGCUCGACUACUUUGAUCCAAUGGAGGAAUCAUGGAUGUGGGGGUGGAUAAAAGGCAAUAUGAAGUGGCACGCUUGGAAUCGUUGUAAAGGACUGACUAAACAAGAAGCGAUGAGGGCGUAUAUAGAAGGUGUCCGCUCACUAGAAGAAAGACUUCCGAAUCUUAUCGAAGACUGGAAGGAUGACCAGGAUCCACGUAUUCCAGACAGAAAUCGUUAUGUGCCAAUAGACGAUCGCGAAGAGAUGGGACGAAUUACGGUGGCGGCGAAAGCAGCAAGACGUGAACGCGAUAAGGUGAAAAGAGAAGAGGAAGAAGCAAUGGGAAUGUGGGACGAGUAG